AUGGAUGAGGAGGAUUUGCGCGAGGCUGAGGAGGCGAGGGAACUCCAGACGAGUAGUGAUUUUGCUGGCUUUGGGUCUACGGAUGCGGAUACUAUGCGCCGUGCGGGAUUGAUGGAUUUGUUCAAGACGGGUGGUGAGACUAUGGGUGUCAAACUGUUGAAAAAGAUGGGAUGGCGAGAGGGUCAAGGCAUCGGUCCGAAAGUGCGACGGAGAGCCAACCUCGAUGACCGUGCUGCUCAAAGCGAAGAGACGUACCUGUUCGCACCGGAUAACCCACCCAUGAUUGCCUUUGUCCAGAAAAACGACCACAAGGGGUUAGGAUAUGAAAGGGAAGCCCGUCUGGACGAGUCGCAUGGCCCCGGAGGAAAGGACACGGGUGAAGAGGAUUCAGAUCCGUUCUUUGGCGGACGAUUGAAAGCUCCUGGGAAGCAAGAGCCAUCCAAGCCAGAGGGGCCACGUCGCGGCGCAUUUGGUGUCGGUGUCUUGAACGAUACUGGAUCGGACGACGAGGACCCCUACUCUAUCGGACCACAAAUUUCCUACAAUCGCGUCAUCGGAGGGGACAAGAAAAAGAAAAAGAAGCAAAAGGAGAAAAAUGGGCCAGGACUGGCCACGGGUUCAGCAUCCAACCCUCUCGUGAGCACCAAGCCAGUCUUCAUUUCCAAGAAAGCCAUGUCAGCCAGGGAUCCUGGCCGCUUUAGGAAAUGUCACGAUGGUCGUUUACCUUUGGAUGGAUUUGUACUUGCAGACCUGGCUAGUCUCUCCAUCUCGUCCCAGGAAAAACGAUACACACCGGAAGUCCCUUCGGAUUGGAAAUCCAGCAAAACACCGUCGCAAGAGAGGGAUACUUCGAAUUACGUUUCUACGGCAGACGCUGCCAAAGCGUCUUCACUCGAUCCUACAUCCCGAGCAGCGCUUCUAGGAGAGGCGCAAUUGCCUUCCAAAUCCAUCUUUGACUGGAUGACUCCAGAAGCCCGGGAGAGGAUAGUAAAAUUAACCGGGAAAAAGGAUCUACCGCCAGCUCUAGGCGAAAAAGCACCCAAGGGCUACGAAAUGUCAGAAUCCCAGAAACGACAAGAUCUCUGGGAUCUGGUUCCAAAACUAGACAAGCAGCUGGCCGUCCAAGCAUUAACCCGAGCAGUCAGCGGCUGGAUGCCCUACUCAGAGGAUCCGGAUAAACGCGUCCGUUACCGGUCUUUCCUUGAAGUGCGUGCUGGGCUUCGUGACAUCCUUCCCGAACGAGUUCCCGGCUCGACGACCGACGAGUGGGUCUCCGAACUACACGAGUUCGCUCGAGCCGCAGAAGUCUUUAAACCAAUGAGCGGUAUCAUGGCAUCGCGAUUCACAUCCGCGUCCUCUGGUCCUAAAGGCUCGUCAGACGAAGCGGGAUCCUCUUCGGAUAACCCGCUACUCAGCAAACCCGCUGAAAAGCCUGAGGAUCCUGCUGUGGCGGCCGCCAAAAUUGGCAUGUUCGGUCCGAUGACCCGGAGCACAAUAUCGUUCUAUCCAGGCCGUCUAUUAUGCAAACGGUUCAACGUGAAACCACCUUCUCAUGUACAGCAAGAUCCUGGGGAAGAACAGCAACCGGGAGGGCCACCUGGUUUCGCUACCGGCGACCGGUUCCAAUCCGCGGGCUAUCAGGCUCCUACCACCGGACCGAAGGAGUUGGUUUCGCGGGAUGUUCUAAAUCAGCUAAUGGUGGAUAGCGGUCGAGCAGAAAUGGGUACGACUGAGACUACAAGAGAGCAGGUAGUCGUGGAGCCAGAACGUAAUGAGGCUCUGGAGGCUGAGCGACCGGGCGAGGCGGUGUUCAAGGCAAUAUUUGGAAGUGAUGAUGAAGAUGAGGAAAUGGAGUAG